GCUGCAUUUUUCCCCAAGGAAAUCUGUCGCCUGGUCAUUUCAGGUGAUCUCCCUGCCUCACCUAGAGAUUGGCAGCUCUUUGGGGCUAAUGGAUAAACCUAAGCAGGUCUCCUUAGCAGUAAGUGCCAAUAGGCGUCACUCCUAGGAAAAUAUUCGUAGGACACUAACCAUAACGCAUAACCUCUGUACAUUUGGGGAGGGACGGUGGCUCAGUGGUAGAGCAUCUGCUUGGGUCCCAGGUUCAAUCCCUGGCAUCUCCAAAAAAGGGUCCAGGCAAAUAGGUGUGAAAAAACUUCAGCUUGAGACCCUGGAGAGCCGCUGCCAGCCUGAGAAGACAAUACUGACUUUCAUGGACCAACGGUCUGAUUCAGUAUAAGGCAGCUUCAUGUUUAUAUUUACUGUGAGCGCAGAAAUCGAAUUGUAUUCUCUUCACUGUUUAUAGAAGAACUGACUACAAUAGGCAUAGUGCAGCCACGCCUCCGAACACCCCCCACCCACUCAGCUUCCUCCUUUCUUUCCGACGACUGAGUAGGCGGAAGAGUAUCGCAUCACAGUCCCUUCCGAUUGGUCAAGCCAUUGCCACGUGCUCUUGGCCCCGCCUUCCAAUGAUGUAGCAAAGGGAACCUUGUUACCGAUUGGUUAGAACCUCUUGGAGGAGAGACACGCGCGGUGUCGCUGAGCCUUCGCGCGAGCUAUACCCGAGGAACGGCUGCCGUGAAGAGACAGGAGGAGGUGCUGCUUCUGCCGCCAUUAUUGGCACCGCGAUGACGUUCAAGCGGAGUCGAAACCGUUUCUAUAGCACUCGCUGUUGUGGCUGCUGUCAUGUCCGCACGGGCACCAUCAUUCUGGGCACCUGGUAUAUGGUGAUGAAUCUAUUGAUGGGCAUCUUGUUGACUGUUGAAGUGACUCACCCCAAUACUGUGCCAACAGUUGAUAUCCAGUAUGAAGUCAUUGGUAACUACUAUGCCUCUGAGACAGUGGCUGAAAAUGCAUGUGUUGUCUUCGCCAUCUCUCUCCUCAUGUUCACAAUCAGUGCUAUGAUGGUGUAUGGAGCCAUUGCGCACCGAGUCGGCUGGCUGAUUCCAUUCUUCUGUUACCAGCUUUUUGACUUUGUCCUCAGUUGUCUGGUGGCUGUAAGUUCUCUGACAUACUUGCCAAGAAUAAAAGACUACUUGGACCAGCUGCCAGAUUUCCCAUACAAAGAUGACCUCCUUUCCCUUGAUUCAAGCUGUCUUCUGUUCUUUGUCCUGGUGUUCUUUGUCUUUAUCAUCAUUUUAAAGGCCUACCUAAUUAACUGUGUAUGGAACUGCUAUAAAUACAUCAUCAACAGAAACUUGCCUGAAAUAGCCGUGUACCCUGCAUUUGAAGCGCCUCCACAGUAUGUUCUGCCAACCUAUGAGAUGGCAGUGAAAAUGCCUGAGAAGGAACCUCCACCUCCUUACAUACCUGCUUGAAGCAACACAACUGAUAUUGAAACAUCUGUACCAGCUUCUCUUUUUUUAUACUGCAAAACUGCUUAAAUAAAUAUUGAGGGCUUUAGGAAUGAAAUUGUGUGGUUGAGCCGAGAGGCAUUUGAUAUAGCACUACUAAACAAAAGAUUCAUAUUGGGAUGAUUUCCCCCUUCCCUCAUCUUGAUAGCUUUUAAUUUUAUUGGUCUCCUUACACAGUUACUGCCUUAGAGUUUAAUUCUGCAAGUACCUCUAUAUUUGUAUAUAACUUUGUUCAUGUUUCUGUUGACUUUUUUUAGCAUUAGCUACUUUGGGAGAUUGAGUGUUUAGUUUGGGAGAUGAGUGUUCACAGGAUCAGGCUCUUCAGAAAAAUUAUUCUACAGAUUAGUUCACAAGGACAGUCUGAUCAGAUGGCAGUAAGGGUUUUUUCCAUUCCUCACUUUACAGAGGGAGAGGAAGGCAUUCAGAUGUGAUAUACAACUAAAUAUAUUUACUUUUUGCACUUUCCCCCUUUAUCUUACCUUAUUGUGUUAUCCAGUACCUUGAAACAAUAUAUUCAGGAAGUGUGGAGUUGGCACUACAGUUUGAAGUUUUUACUACAUGCUGUGAAUGCAGGAAAAA